CCGCGGAGCGAAGGACUUCACUCCACUUCAGAGUGGACAGGACAGGACUAGACCUCGAGACCAGACCGCUGAACCCCCAGAGUCCUCUAGACCAAAGACCUCCAGGCCAGACCGCUGAACCCCCAGAGUCCUCUAGACCAAAGACCUCCAGGCCAGACCACUGAACCCCCAGAGUCCUCCCGACCCGAGGCUAGACCAGGGACCCAGAGACACCAGGACCAGGACCAGGACAUGGCCCAGAGACCAGCCGCGGUCUCCUCGUCCGCCGCCCGGCAGCCAGACUUCAUCCACCUGAACGACCUGGCCAGUGACGCGGCCGGGGGGAAGGUCGUCUUUGCCACUGAUGAGUGGUUCGCUCCCGCGGCCAAUCUACUGAAGCGGGACCCCCCCAGGUUCGAGGCGUCGGCCUUCACAGAGUUCGGGAAGUGGAUGGACGGCUGGGAGACCCGGCGCAAGAGAAUCCCCGGUCAUGACUGGUGUGUGGUGCAGCUGGGCGUUGUGGGCGUGGUCCACGGCGUCGACGUCGACACCUCCUUCUUUACAGGAAACCACGCCCCCUACAUGUCUGUCCAGGGAGCCUGUCUGGAUGCGCCCCCCAGCCUGGUCCUGGAGGGGGACCGGACCGGCACUGCGGCCAGCGACGGCCAGCUGGAGGCGGUCUCCAAGCUGCGCUCUGAGACCUGGAGGGUCCUGGUCCCGGAGUCCGGGCUAAACCCGGGCUACGCAGACUCCUGCCACAACUACUUCAGGGUCACCUGUCCGGACAGGAUCACACACCUGCGCCUCAACAUGUACCCAGACGGGGGCGUGGCCCGGUUCAGGGUCUACGGCGUGGGACAGAGGGACUGGUCUUCAGUCCCCGCCCACCAGGAGGUGGACCUGGUGGCCAUGACCAAUGGAGGGGUCUGCCUUGGCUACAGCGACGCCCACUUUGGACAUCCCCGCAACAUGAUUGGGCUGGGGCGGGCCGCCAACAUGGGGGACGGAUGGGAGACGGCCCGCAGAAUGGACCGCCCCAAAGAACUGAAGGUGGAUGGGCGGGGCAUCCUGCAGGUUCCAGGAAGUGAGUGGGCGGUGCUCCGGCUGGGUCACGCCGGGGUCAUCUCCCACGUGGAGGUCGACACCAAUCACUUCAAAGGGAACUCUCCGGACUGGUGCCGCCUGGAGGCGUGCUCUCUGACCGCCGGCCAGGAGAGCGCCGCCGCCGCCGCCGCCGCCGACGCGUGGAACUCUGGGAGCUGGAAGGUUCUGCUGCCCGCCCAGAAGCUCCGCCCCCACCACCGGCAUCACUACUUGGAGGCGGAGCUAGCGCUGAAGGAGGCGGUCACUCACGUGCGAUUGGUCAUCGCUCCGGACGGAGGGGUCAGUCGCCUGAGGCUGUGGGGGCGGGCGACGCCCAUCUCGCCCGCCCUGACUCCGCCCACCGCUGUGGCUCCGCCCACCGCUGUGGCUCCGCCCUCCAAACUGUGACCUGAGAACAGCUUAAAGUGUUUGAUGAAGAUCUCCACCUGCCAGCUACUCUUCCUCAUCACCACCCUCGUCUUCCUCGGAUGAGGAAGGAGCCGGAAUGGAACCGACGACCUCAGGGGACGGACUCUCUCAUGCAUCACGCAGAACGUGUUAGACCAAGAUACCGUGACGUGUUAUCCGUAUGUUUCUGUACCGUCGAUGUGAGCUGGUCCUCGUGUGAUUGAAUAUUGCAUUUUGUAAUUUUCCAUAACUGUGGAAAAUUGUUCGGUGAAUAAAUACACACUUUAAU